AGAAACUGCACAGGCUGCAUGUCGUCCGGUCACAUGAGCGUGUGGAGAGGAAUGGCUGUGUGGAGUCCGGCGUGUUCAGCUUCAUUAUAGCCGGUUUAAAGCGCUGCGCUCCCCGACAGCGCCCUGAACUCGCAGUGUACCGGCGGCACAUGAGCUGAAACCAGCGCGGGGGGAGUUCAGCAUGUCGUGGGUGAAAGCGGUGCCGAGCAGCGACGAUGUUUUCGACGAGGAUAUGGAUGACAUCAGCCUCCAAAACAAAGAAUGGAAAUGCAAUAUGGAAAAACGAGUCAAGGAUGGAUACAUAGAUGGAGUAGACUCGGGGAAAGAGGUUUCUCUUCAGGUUGGCUUCAACUUGGGAUAUAAAGAAGGUGCUGUGAAACUGAAGUCCAUCGGCCAGCUCAAAGGAAUCGUCAGUGCUCUACGGUGCUGGUGUCAGUCCCAGCUCUCUAGGAGCUCAGUGCUAUCCCCCAUCACAGAGCUGCUCCAGAGGAUAGAUCAGCAUGAACAAGACUUGGUGGAGGCCAUGCGGAAGGCUCAGGAGCGACCGCCCCCCAGUGUGUCCGAGGUGGCGGGAGAUCUGGAGGACAUGGGAGUAGAGCAGAGUGAUGAUAGGGGAGGUUCUGGCUGCUGUAGGAAGGAUGGAGACAGUGACUGUUGCAGAAAGGAUGGGGAGGGAGACCGAUGUGGGCAGGACAAGGACAUGAGUAGAAGUUUGUUGAUUUCCUCACGCAGUUCGUUUCAGACGGGAGAGAGUCUGGAACAGUUACUUCAGAGCUGUAUGGAGCUAGUGACUGAAAUGGGACUGUCUGAAGAGCUGACGUUUCAUAUCCAGCAGCUCAGACAUGCAUGACUUUGGACAUUUCACGGUGAGAGCACCACUUAGCACUUGGACAGGAUUAUAAUGCGGGUUAUUGAUUUCAUUUUUUUUUUUUUUUUUUUUUUUUUUGUGAGAAGCAAGUUUUGUGUGGACCAUUUCAUAUUCCAUGUUCUUGACCAUCUGCAUGACUGUGUUUGGGUUCUGAGCACUAUUUAGUACAAUGAGGACAUUGCACAUGCAUUUUGAUAAAUGCCUGCCAUCAGAGAUACACUGAUAUAUAGGAAUUUUGGGCCUAUGUGAUACUAGAUGAAUAUUUCCUAUUAUAUUAGGAAUUAACCUUUUUUUUUAAAAGGAUGUGAUUGGAGUUAAGUGAACGAAUUACAUAUAUUUUGGAGUACUAUAAAUACAUACUAAAAUAUAAAAUCUAAACAUCUAUAUAAGGCUAAUAUUCUUGGAGCUGUAUCUGCAGAUACUGCUAGAAUUCCUAUAUCAUUGGGCAUCUUUUAGGAUUAUUUUAUACAUUGAUUAUUCAGUUACUGAAUAAUUGAAGGACUGCAUUGAAGAACUUUUGUGCACUGUAUUAAUUCAGAGUGAUUUAAUGAAUCUAAGAAAAUUGAUGUCUUAAAUUUCCAGUUAAUAUUUAUUCCAUUAUGAUAGGUGGCACAUUUUAUGCUGUGCUACCUCUCUGUUUAGGAUUUUUACAAUGAGUAUAAUUAAAAUGAUUUUCCAGAAAAUAA